AACCCCAUACAUGUACAUACAGACGUAUAAAACAACAUAAACAAACAGAACACAGCCUGCUCGUCCUGCACUGCAUACUCGAGUGAUGCGACGCGACGCCUAUGUAUAUCACAUCACCUCCUGGGACGAGCACCGUCCAUCCUCCCCAACUCUUUCUUAUCCAAUGGAUUCCUCCUCUCUUGUCCUAGCGCUCAUCGCCGUCGCCUUGCCCGUCCUCCUCCAUCUCCUAACGAGGCCAAACAAGCCACGGCGGCCGGCCGCGGCCAAGCUACUACCCCCGGGCUCGCUGGGCCUGCCGGUGAUCGGCCAGAGCCUGAGCCUUCUCCGCGCCAUGCGCGCCAACACCGCCGAGCGGUGGAUCCAGGACCGGAUCCACCGGUACGGCCCGGUGUCCAAGCUGUCGCUGUUCGGCGCGCCGACGGUGCUCCUCACGGGGCCCGCCGCCAACAAGUUCAUCUUCUUCAGCAGCGCCCUGGCGCUGCAGCAGCCCCGGUCAGUGCAGAGGAUCCUCGGGGACGAGAGCAUCCUGGACCUGAUGGGCGCCGACCACAAGCGGGUCCGCGGCGCGCUGGCCGAGUUCCUCAAGCCGGACAUGCUGAGGCUGUACGUGGGCAAGAUCGACGGCGAGGUGCGGCGCCACCUCGACGAGCGCUGGGCCGGCCAGCGCGCCGUCACGGUGAUGCCGCUCAUGAAGAGGCUCACGUUCGACAUCAUCUCCCUGCUGCUCUUCGGCCUGGAGCGGAGCCCGCUCCAGGACGCGCUCGCCGCCGACUUCGCGGGCGUCAUGGAUGGCAUGUGGGCCGUCCCGGUGAACCUGCCGUUCACGGCGUUCAGCCGGAGCCUCAGGGCCAGCGCCAGAGCUCGCCGGCUCAUCGCCGGGAUCGCGCGGGAGACCAGGGCCAAGCUGCACAGCGGCGAGGCCUCCCGGAGCAGCGACCUCAUCGCGUGCCUGCUCAGUCUGACCGACCACACCGGCGCGCCGCUGCUGAGCGACAAGGAGAUCGUGGACAACUCCAUGGUGGCCCUCAUCGCCGGCCACGACACGUCGUCCAUCCUCAUGACCUUCAUGGUCCGCCACCUCGCCAACGACCCGGACACCCUCGCCGCCAUGGUCCAAGAGCACGAGGAGAUCGCAAAGAGCAAGGGCGACGGCGAGGCCCUGGACUGGGAGGACCUGGCGAAGAUGAAGUACACGUGGCGCGUCGCGCUGGAGACCCUUCGCCUGGUGCCCCCCAUCUUCGGCAACUUCCGGCGAGCGACACAGGACGUCGAGUUCGACGGCUACCUCAUCCCAAAAGGAUGGCAGGUGUUCUGGGCGGCGAGCGUGACGCACAUGGACACGGGCAUCUUCCACGAGCCGGCCAAGUUCGACCCGUCUCGGUUCGAGAACCAGUCGGCGCCACCGUGCUCGUUCGUCGCGUUCGGCGGGGGUCCGAGGAUCUGCGUCGGCAUGGAGUUCGCCAGGAUCGAGACGCUGGUGACGAUGCAUUACCUCGUCAGGGGAUUUAGGUGGAAGCUCUGCAGCAAGAACGACACCUUUGCCAGGGACCCCAUGCCGUCGCCGCUGCACGGCCUGCCCAUAGAGCUCGAGCAGAAGGGAUCGCCGUGAUCGUAACUCUCGCAAGACAACUUAGGCAGCAGACCCGCAUAACAGUGUUACACUAGAAAGGCAAUCUAUAUGAUAAUGCAAAUCAUUUGCCCAGGGACCAGGGUCGCACUAGAUCAGCAUAACAGUAGCGCCUCCCUACAUCUACUGAAAAUAAGCAGCAGCAACCACUGCAGCUGCUUCAAAAGCACAGGAGUCCAUGUUGCAAUAAUUGACGGGCACAUCAUGGCAGCUGAGAUGAUUUAUUCAUGCACAUGCAUAUGUCUAAAUAUUCAGCAUAAGGAUCUAUUUGGUUACGAUAUUUGGACA